AUGGCAGAUAGGCGUCAAUGGACUCAAGAAGAAGAGGAUGCGUUGAUUACCAUCCUUCAAGACAUUGUUGUCAUCAGUGGUAGAGGUGAUAAUGGAAGCUUUAGGCCUGGAACCUAUGACCAAGUCGUUCUAAAGUUACGGGAAAAAGUCGUUGGUAUUAAUAUAACAACAAAGCACGUGCAAAACAAAAUCAAACUUUUAAAGGAUAAGUUUUCUGUUGCAUAUGAUCUGCAAAAUACAAGUGGAUUUGGUUGGGAUGAUGUUCGCAAAUGUGUAGUAGUUGAUUCUCCUGAGAUAUUAGAGGAAUAUCUAAAGAAACAUCCAAACAAAAACUAUGUCGCGAAUAAACCAUUCCCUGCAUACGAGCGACUAGCAAAUGUUUUUGGUAAAGAUUGA